GAGUUUAUUCCCCUUCCGCGAGAUGCUCUAAAAAAACAAAUUCUCCCAGGAACCAGGUAAACCCAGCACAGCUCUCUCUCACCCGCGGCCGCCGCCGCCGCCGCCGCGUAGCUUGGGCUCGAUUGAGGCACGACCGCUAGAGAGGGGGGAAAAUGGCGAGCGGAAGCUACGAGGGCGUCCUCCUGGGGAUGGGCAACCCCCUCCUCGAUAUCUCCGCCGUCGUCGACGAAGCCUUCCUCGCGAAGUAUGACCUCAAACCGGGCAAUUCCAUUCUUGCGGAGGAAAAGCACUUGCCCAUGUACGAUGAAUUGGGUAGCAAGGGCAAUACCGAAUACAUCGCUGGAGGAGCCACUCAGAACUCUAUUAGGGUUGCCCAAUGGAUGCUUCAAAUUCCUGGUGCAACAAGUUUCAUGGGCUGCAUUGGGAAGGACAAGUUUGGCGAGGAGAUGAGGAACAAUGCGCAAACUGCUGGUGUCAAUGCCCACUAUUAUGAGGAUGCCAGUGCUCCAACCGGCACAUGUGCUGUCUGUGUUGUUGGCGGUGAGAGGUCACUUGUUGCAAAUUUGUCCGCAGCAAACUGCUACAAGUGUGAACAUCUAAAGAGGCCAGAGAACUGGACGCUUGUCGAGAAGGCAAAAUAUAUUUACAUUGCUGGCUUUUUCCUUACCGUGUCCCCUGAUAGCAUUCAACUUGCUGCUGAGCACGCUGCUGCAACUAACAAGGUGUUUAUGAUGAACCUUUCUGCCCCCUUUAUCUGUGAGUUUUUUCGUGAUGCCCAAGAAAAAGCUUUUCCGUAUGUCGACUACAUAUUCGGAAAUGAAACAGAAGCAAGGACAUUUGCUAAAGUUCGUGGUUGGGAGACUGAGAAUGUUGAGGAGAUUGCUUUGAAGAUCUCACAGUUGCCCAAGGCUUCAGGAACACACAAGAGGAUUACUGUUAUUACUCAAGGUUGUGAUCCAGUAGUUGUGGCUGAUGACGGAAAGGUCAAAACUUUUCCUGUGAUCCUUUUGCCGAAGGAGAAGCUUGUCGAUACUAAUGGCGCAGGUGAUGCCUUUGUUGGAGGGUUUCUCUCCCAGUUGGUUCAGGAGAAGAGCAUUGACGAGUGUGUCAGAGCUGCUUGUUACGCUGCGAAUGUCGUCAUCCAGCAUUCUGGCUGCACUUACCCUGAGAAGCCCGACUUCAACUAGACAGACAAGCAUCCUGAGAGAGUAUAUAUAAUGUAUAG